ACGGGAGAGCUUCACACGCUCUACAAACCCCUAAACGCACUCAGCCCAUGAGUAAAUUGUCUCGUAAGUCGGGUAAAACGACUCUAUUCCCCGGCGUCGCUGCUCAGACCAAGUCCAGUCCUCAGUGUGCAACGUAUGCAGAACGCGAGGAUAACGAUGUAAUUUUCGUCGAUUCAUAUUCCUCAGUGUGCACAGUCUCUGGUUCGCUCGCAGCAAAGCAAGAGGGUGACAAUUCACAAGCAGCUUCCCUUCAGCACCCAUCAGAGGAAGCAGCCCCCCUCGGUCUUGGAGGAGAGAAGGUGAAGGUAGAGCCCUUAAACCCACCUCAAACUGGUCAAAAAAACCUUGGAACCUCCUCAGAUAAAGCAGCCCCCCUCGGUCUUGGAGGAGAGAAGGUGAAGGUAGAGCCCUUAAACCCACCUCAAACUGAUCAAAAAAACCUUGGAACCUCCUCAGAUAAAGCAGCCCCCCUCGGUCUUGGAGGAGAGAAGGUGAAGGUAGAGCCCUUAAACCCACCUCAAACUGGUCAAAAAAACCUUGGAACCUCCUCAGAUACCCCAACCGCCAGACGGGGAACACCCACUUUAAAACGUAAGAGGCAACUAUCCAAUUUGGUGAAGCUACAAUCUACCGCCCUGAGGUAUCAAAAAGCCAUCAACAAAAACUUAUCCGGAUCAAUUAAAGCCCGGAGGAUUAUGAUAGAAGCGGUGGAGAGUAUUCAGAAAAUUCCACUUUCCGGUCGUAAAGGAGGGUUCCACAUGAGGAAAAGCUCUGAACUUCUGAGAACCUGCAAGUGUCUGCUGGACGAAACCGCCAAGACGUCAACGCUACAGUAGAGUUAACCUUUUAAAUCGUGACCUCUGUAAACAUGGAUAAUCAGCCAAUGAGGAAUGCAUUGUAUGAAAUUAUUCAAGCUGUGAAUGAACUCCGUAAUCUCCCUGUACACCCUGCAACCGAAUUUCUCAAUCUAACCCCAAAUUCCCCCGUCAGAACUCAGGGUUCAGAUUUGGAUCUUCAAGGCUUACUGUCUGUAGAACGAGCCGUCCAACGAUUAAACGAUUCUUUCUCUCAACCA